CUGAAUCCUUCUUUCUGCCCUUUCAGGUGGGCAAGUUCCUGAGCGCAGAGGAGUAUCAGCAGAAGAUCAUCCCUGUGGUGGUCAAGAUGUUCUCGUCCACUGACCGGGCCAUGCGCAUCCGCCUCCUGCAGCAGAUGGAGCAGUUCAUCCAGUACCUUGAUGAGCCAACGGUCAACACCCAGAUCUUCCCCCACGUCGUACAUGGCUUUCUGGACACCAACCCUGCCAUCCGGGAGCAGACGGUCAAGUCCAUGCUACUUCUGGCCCCGAAGCUGAACAAGGCCAACCUCAAUGUGGAGCUGAUGAAGCACUUUGCACGGCUACAGGCCAAGGAUGAACAGGGUCCCAUCCGCUGCAACACCACAGUCUGCCUGGGCAAAAUCGGCUCCUACCUCAGUGCCAGCACCAGACACAGGGUCCUUACCUCCGCCUUCAGCCGAGCCACUAAGGACCCGUUUGCACCGUCCCGGGUUGCGGGUGUCCUGGGCUUUGCUGCCACCCACAAUCUCUACUCAAUGAACGACUGUGCCCACAAGAUCCUGCCUGUGCUCUGCGGUCUCACUGUAGAUCCUGAGAAAUCUGUGCGGGACCAGGCCUUCAAGGCCAUUCGGAGCUUCCUGUCCAAACUGGAGUCUGUGUCGGAGGACCCGACCCAGCUGGAGGAAGUGGAGAAGGAUGUCCAUGCAGCCUCCAGCCCUGGCAUGGGAGGAGCCGCAGCCAGCUGGGCAGGCUGGGCCGUGACCGGGGUCUCCUCGCUCACCUCCAAGCUGAUGCGUGUGCACCCCACCACUGCCCCCACAGAGACCAACAUUCCCCAAAGACCCACACCUGAAGGAGUUCCUGCCCCGGCUCCCACCCCUGUUCCUGCCACCCCUACAACCUCAGGCCACUGGGAGACGCAGGAAGAGGACAAGGACACAGCAGAGGACAGCAGCGCUGCUGACAGAUGGGACGACGAAGACUGGGGCAGCCUGGAGCAGGAGGCCGAGUCCGUGCUGGCCCAGCAGGACGACUGGAGCACUGGGGGCCAAGUGAGCCGUGCUAGUCAGGUCAGCAACUCCGACCACAAAUCCUCCAAAUCCCCAGAGUCCGACUGGAGCAGCUGGGAAGCUGAGGGCUCCUGGGAACAGGGCUGGCAGGAGCCAAGCUCCCAGGAGCCACCUCUCGAGGGUACGCGGCUGGCCAGCGAGUAUAACUGGGGUGGCCCAGAGUCCAGCGACAAGGGUGACCCCUUCGCUACCCUGUCUGCACGUCCCAGCACUCAGCCUAGGAGGGACUCCUGGGGUGAGGACAACUGGGAAGGCCUGGAGACAGAGAGUCGACAGGCCAAGGCUGAGCUGGCCCGGAAGAAGCGCGAGGAGCGGCGGCGGGAGAUGGAAGCCAAACGCGCUGAGAGGAAGGCGGCCAAGGGCCCCAUGAAGCUGGGAGCCCGGAAGCUGGACUGAACCGUGGCGGUGGCGCUUCCCAGCCGCGGAGAGCCCGCCCCACACAUGUAUUUAUUGUACAAACCAUGUGAACCCGGCCGGCCCGGCCAGGCCAUCUCACGUGUACAUAAUCAGAGCCACAAUAAAUUCUAUUUCACACCCCC